AUGAUGGCCGUACGACGUGUGCUUUGUAUUCUGACGAUCGCACUGUGUUGUGUCUGCAGUGUUAAGGUAGCGGCUCAAGCUGAUGGGCAACUUGAUGGCGCGGCUCUUCAGACGACUUCUAGUGAUGAGAACCAUGAUGAGAUGACAAAACACUUGGAAGAUACUGUGGAAGAAACACAGUAUGGGUCAGGAAAAGAAGCAAAGAAACCGUGCGAAAGACUACCAUCCGCGGGACGGUCACCUCCAGAAGCUGAAAAGGUACAGGAAGAAGAAACUGAAAGCCGUACAGGUCUGCCAUCAAACACGAAACAAGCGGUAGGUGCUUCUGCUGCUGGUGCUCCUCGUCCUGCUGCAACACCACCUGCUGAUGUUAAAGCUUGUCCUCCAGGCGAGAAUGAUCCUCCGUGUACUCCUGGCGGUGCUGGAUCUGACGCUGCUAAUGCUGAGUGUGUGAAACCUCCUUCUGGGGCGGAGAGUUGCCCUACCAAUGUUGAUGAAACUCAAGAGAAUUGCGCUUCUGGUGGGUCUGGUUGUAAAAACCAAACACAAGAGAAUCAUGCUAAAUCAAAUGAAAAUCAUGGAAAUAAUGGUAACGAACAUCGAGGUCCCGAUGGUGAAAGCCGUCUUGAAAGUGACCGCGGUUCUGUUUCUGAUUUACAGCGUGGCGAUCGUGCUGAAGCACCUGCUGUUGUUACUCCUGGAGAAAAAGAGACUCCGGAAACUCCAAGUAGAAACGGUUCACAAGAUGCUGGUGCUUCUCCUGCAGUGGGUAGUAGCGAUGCUACUGCCGCUGACGGUCAAACUGAAAGAAAUGGCACCAGUGCAACCGAAGAAGGUGGAUCUAAACAGGGAAGUGAAACAGCACAACCUUCUCCUUCUUCCAACAAUUCGGCCACAGGGAGUGAUGUUGGUUCUGAUGCUGCAUCACCUGAGAAUGGCACUUCAUCUGCAGAGAGUGAGUCAUCAAAUAAACAACAAGGUGCGGGAAAUGCAGACACAGAAACCACCACCACAACAACAACAACCACACUUCCUCCUGAACUCACAAACAACAAGAAGGGUGAUGCAGACAGCAGCAGCAGUAUCAGCAGUUCUGUGUGGAUGCGUGUACCACUACUGAUUGUGGUUACACUGGCCUGUAUUCUUGUGUGCUGA